UUAGAAACCCACACGGUUUUAUGUUGUUCGUUUCGGGAAAACACAAAUAUCAUGGUCAUGAUAAUCCCUCUUACCUUGACCAUCGCCGGAUUAUUAGUAUUAAUAUACUUUUUGUGGAGUCGGCGCAGGUUUUACAAACUUAUACUUGAGUUGCCAGGACCUUUGGGACUGCCCUUUCUCGGCUCAGUACCUGCUUAUUUUUUAAAUAACUUAAAAAUGAUUCAGAGAACCAAGUACAUGGACAAGUAUGGUUCAACUAUUUUAACCUGGAUCGGCACUCAUCCAGUUAUAUUGUCUCGAGAUCCUAAGAUCGCCCGGGAUGUUUUGACAUCAUCGAAGUUCCUAAUUAGAAACUGGCGGGUAACAAGCGCUAUGGCAAGUAUCUUUGGUCUCGGAUUAGUGACUCUUCAAGGCACUGCAUGGAAUACACGGCGGAAAUAUUUGAAUGCCAGCUUUAAGCACAAUGUCUUGCUCAGUUUCAUUCCCAUUUUCAAUUCUAAGACGAGAACGCUGGUCACACACAUGAAUACUCUUGUGGGACAGGAUGAAGUUUAUUUUCUGCCACAUUUACUUCGAUGGUCUUUAAGUGUAGCUUAUCAAACAACUCUGGGCAUUGACGUAAGAGACGAAACAAAUUUUAAGAACAAUGCUCUCAUAGACUCUUGGCAAUCACUAGUGAAAUUGAUCAUAAUUGGAAUUUUCAUGAAUGUUUCCCAAAAUAAAAUAGUUUCCAAAAUAAUCGGAUGGGAAAGGAGAAAAGCACACGUGUUUUCCAAAAUUAAUGUUCUUAUUGAUAAGAUUAUUGAUUCUAAAUUAAAUUCUCACCCGGAACAUAAUACAAACUCCGUCAUCAACCGAAUGAUUAAGCUCUAUCGGAAUGGCAGCAUUAGUUUAGAGGAAGUAAAAGGAGAGUGCUAUAAUAUGGUUCUGGCUGGCAUCGACACCACAGCUGUCACGCUCCAUCACACUCUUAUCCUCCUGGCCAUGUUUCCCCAGUACCAGGACCUUGUCUAUGAAGAACUGAAAAAAGUCUACCCGGACAGCGGGGACUUCGAAGUGGAGUACGAGGACCUCCAGAAAUUGGUUUAUCUAGAUCGCGUUUUAAAUGAAACCCUGCGAUUGAUUCCAUCUGCUGGGAUUACUGUAAGAAAUUCCAACGAAGACUUUCUCCUCUCAAAUAAAGUCCUUGUUCCGAAAGGUGUAGCCAUUAUCGUCGAUAUAUUCAACAUUCACCGCAAUAAGGACUAUUGGGGUGCAAACGCCCACACCUUCAAUCCUGACAAUUUUUUGCCCGAUAACGUCCGCGAUCGGCAUCCGUAUGCUUUCAUACCCUUUUCGAAGGGGAGGAGAAAUUGCAUAGGCUGGAGAUAUGCCCUAAUAUUGUCAAAAAUCGCCUUGGCCAGGAUUCUCAGAAAUUACAAACUAAGCACUAGUUUUCAAUAUGAAGAGCUAGUUUUUGUUGAUAAUAUAGUAAUGAAGCUGGAAAAAUCACCUCUUCUACACUUUCAACGAAGGUAAAAUGUAAGAAAAUAAACAAUAAAAUCAAGAAAAAAAAAAAAAUACACAAUUGCUUUGAAAAUAGUACACACCUUGCAAUUCAUAUCUAUGUUAUGGAGCUAAAAAAUUCGUAUUUUUUAAUGAAGGUCGUAAAAGGUUUCGUCAAAUUUAAUGGGUUGUACUUAUUAUAAAUCAUUAUUUUUGGAAGCCUAGGAUCACAGGUGAGGAAAAUAAUAUGUUUUAGGUCAAAACUUCAGACCAGGCACUCUAUGAAUAAAAACCCCUGCUGUAACCAUAGGAUAAUUUAGAAAGCAAAACGUCUUUAAAUUUUUUGUUUUUAAAAAGCUAAAGUUCUAGUUAAGAAUCGAAAUGUUAUUU